AUGUUCUCUUUAUCUCAAAGGUUUCAAACGAUUAUUAACACAGCCAUCACAGCAGGUAUCCUUAUUGUGGCAUUCAUUGUCUCCACAUCUUGGAUUCAAUUAUAUUUCUACAAUGCAUUCCAUAACUCUGUCUCUAUAUCCAACAUUAAACCAAAGAUAUAUCUAAGAACAAGCAGAUAUUAUGGGUCGACUAAUGGGAAACCAAAGGAGAAUGUUAAAAUUGAUUUCGAUUUACAAACCGACUUGUCUAGUCUUUUCAAUUGGAACACGAAACAAAUAUUCGUUUAUUUAACUGCUGAAUAUGAAAAUUCUAAGAAUACAACUUCCAAUGAAUUGGCCUUUUGGGACAAGAUUAUUACCAGUCCAAAUGAUUCUGUAUUGGAUUUGAAGAAUGUUAAGUCUAAAUAUAAUGUUUGGGAUGUUAAUGAAAAUUUGAGUGGUAAAAAUUUGAAGUUUAAAUUGAGUUGGAAUAUUCAACCUUGGGUCGGUCCUCUAGUCUAUGGUGAGGCUGAAGGUGAGACUACUUUCACGAUUCCAAAUAAAAAGCAAAAAAACAAACACAACAAUAACAAAAAUAAAAUUAAAGAAAAUAAAAUGGAAGGGAUUGAAUCCCAACCCUCUCUAUCCGUCUCACCUUCCUCUUCCAUCUCUUCAACUCUCUCUUCUUUAUCCUCUGCCUUAUUGUAA